CACUCAGCUCUCAUCGCCUGCUAUAUAUACACAGCUCUCCUGCUCUCCCUUUCCUUCUCCUUUCUUCCGUUCCGAUUUCACGAGUUGGUGCUAGAUUCACUCCACGCCCCCAGCCUUCUCCAUUUCUAAAAACUAGCUAUAGCUAGCCAGCUACCACGCGCAGGCAGCAUGGCGGAGUGCAAGGACAGCAGCGGCCGGUCUCCGUCGUCGUCCAUGGAUAGCAGCACGCACCCGGUGCUCUCCACCACGUCGUCGGGCUGCCGGCCGGCGGCGAGGAGGGACGACCUCAGCACCGACCUCCAGCUAGGGCUCAGCCUGUCGCCGGCGUCCUCGUCCCUCCUGGUAGCGGAGAGCAAGAGGAGCAUCCCUUCUACGCCAAGGAACCAAGUACUCCCGGAUUGGCCCCCGAUCAAACCGUUCCUUAGAAGCGCCUUGACAGCCUCGGCACGCCGACGGAGCACAUUGUUCGUGAAGGUGUACAUGGAAGGCGUUCCAAUCGGUCGGAAGCUGGACUUGCUCUUGCUGGAUGGGUACGACAGCCUCCUAGCCAAACUCCGCCACAUGUUCAAGGCCUCUAUCACUUAUGCUGAUGUUAUGGAGUACCAUCAAAGAGCUCCUCACGAGAAGGCUGCACAUGUUCUCACCUAUGAAGACCAGGAUGGAGACUGGAUGAUGGUUGGGGAUGUACCGUGGGAGCUCUUCCUUGGAAGUGUAAGGAAACUGAGGAUUGCAAGAACAGAUAAAUGCUAGUUAGCAAGCUUAUUCAUGCGGUGGACUCUAUAUUUCUUUCUUCUUUUUAUAUAUAGGUUCAUUAAGAAAGGUUUUGCUGAACAGAGUGGACAUGUGACGCUGAGGCCAUACUAACCGUGUACAGUACACUGGACGACUGAAGAAAAGUCAACCUUGCUAUCUUCGCAAGAAAAUUAAAUUUUGGUAUUUUAUGUUUCCUUUUCUGUUUCUUUCACUGCCUUGUAAAUACCAUGGUUAUUUGUUAAAGAACAGACAACUUGCAUGAUGAAUAUUAUAAAUUUCAAGAUAUAUAUCUUCGUGCAAGUAAGGAGCAUAUGCAGACCUUUUCUUCUUUAUA